AGGAUAAAACGCCCACUGCCCGACGUCCCAUCACAUUUGUAAGCUUUGUGCCCACGAGUUGGACUUUCCAAUCAGAGAUAGAAGCAAUGGCAUCAAGAUGGCGAGCAAGCGAAUCUUGGUAUUCUCACCCAGCAUAUGCAAAAUACUGGCGACAUUAUUUUCACGCAAUGGCUUGGAUGCACAGCUACCAGAAUGCCUACAGGAAGUUCAGGGCCUCCUGUUUCAGUUCCCCAUGGUUCUCUCCUCAUGCAGUUCUACCUUGGAGCUCUCAUGUUUAUGAAGCUGGGCAUCCCUCAGCCUUCCAAGCGCAGCAGCACGUGGCCUGGCAGGAGCCACCCUACACCUCUUUAUAUUUUCAAGGCUCUAGGCAGCCUCUGGAUGCCCUAGGUGGGACCCAGGAAGCCACAAGAGAAGGUGGGGAGCUGUGUGGAGGGGAAAAGCAGGAGUCGGAGUCAGACGAUGAGGUAGAAUGCGAUCUGAGCAAUAUGGAAAUCACCGACGAGCUGCGCCAGUACUUUGCAGAGACCGAGAGGCACAGAGAAGAGCGAAGGCGACAGCAGCGCCUGGACGAGGAGCACCUGGGUGGCUAUGUGAAUGCCGACCAUGACCUGUACUACAGCUGCCACCAGUCAGUGGAGCCCCCGUCAGAGAAGCCGGGGGCGCGGCGCCAGGCUGAGAUGAAGCACUUGUAUGGGGACAGUGCUCCCAAGAUCCUGGCCAUGGAGGCUUCCAUACAGCUGAAUUUUGACAAGAAAUAUGACAGAAAGAAGCCCAAGUACUGGCCUGUCAUCCCCCUGAAGUUCUGAACCCUGAGCACAGGGAGCCUAGGGAAUGCCUCCUGAACACAGCCCUCGGCUUCACUUCCUUUGUUUUUGGACACAUUCUCUUCAUCUGUUCUUCUGGACAUUUCUCAGAGAAAGAGGUUCAUAGACUGGCAGAGACAUGUUCAAGUCCCAGUGGGUCCUUCAUAUGGCGGAUGCCAUCUACCAGCCACCUAGAAUUCUGUCAGCAGGAGGGACACUGUUGUCAGCAUGAGAAAGAUGCCCCUGACAGAAAGCCAUAGUUGUGUGUGUGUGUGUGUGUGUGUGUGU